AGCACAGCAACAGAAGAUAUCCAGAUAUCCUGCCGAGAUAUCCAAAGGAUGCUGAGAGGCAUUAGGGAACAGCCUGAGGGAACUCCUCAGCCAGCCCCCCGGCAAAUAUUCCAGGAGCGGCAGAGGAUCACCGGUCUACCUUUGUACUUCCAAGGUUACCUGUCUGUCCGGCACUCGAGAUGCCAGGAGUUUAGAGUGUAUUGGACAGAACUCAGAGGAACUAUGCUCUUCUUUUAUGAAGACAAGAAAGCCCCAGCGAAAUUGGAUAUUUCAGCUUUGACCUCAGCAACCAAUGUUUAUCCAGAUGAAAAUGGCUCUGCACAGUUUAUCCUGAUGCUGUCAAAUGGGGAGCUAGAACUGAAGGCUAAUGACUAUGAAGGUGGGAAAGAAUGGAAGGGUUUUAUUCUCACCGUAACAGAGCUGUCAGUUCCACCAGAUGAGUCAUUACUACCUGAGCAACUUAGAAGAAUGCAUGAAGUGCUAGAGAAGGAAAAGAAAAGAAGGAUCACGCUUAACAACAGUUCCAGUGCAUAUUUGAACAGAAAGAGCCCUCCCAGCAGUACAUUGACCGCUAUGCCAGCGUGCUUCUAUGCAGUAUCCCGGCAAGAAGCGAUAGAGAUGUUAGAAAAGAACCCUUCAUGUGGGAAUUUGAUCCUGCGUCCUGGCAGCGACAGCAAGAACUAUGCAAUCACUAUUCGAUACAAGCUGGAUGCCCCACAGUUAAAGCACUAUAAAGUGGUGUCCAAAGGAACAAGUUACGUUAUUGAAUUGGAAAGACAGGUGACGCUCCCAAGCCUUCAGGAUGUUGUCAAUUACUUUGUGACCCAAAUGCGAGGGAAGCUGAAGCCGUAUGUCAUACAGACGCACGCUGCAGAGGAGCCAGUGCUCUGAAAGCAAGCUGGUUGCUGAAGGCACACACAGGAACAGUCCUGCUAACAGAAAGAGGCACAGAAACAGCACAGGAACUCCACGCUAUUAAAGAUAAACGGAAGGCAUUCCCCAAGCUACGCUUUCUCAAUUUCUAGAACAGCUCUGUUGGUCCUAAACCAAGAACGUGAUGCAGCUUCUGAUACAGAAAGUUUUGAGAGUUGGGGAGGGCAAAUAACCCCAAUUUCUGCAGAAGAUUAAAUGUGGAAAAAGAAUAAAAGAGUGUGAAAGAGAGGACACAUUGCCGCUGCAGAAUGCAAUGGAAAAAUAUUGUAUUGAAAUUAGGCAGACUGUUUGUGGGCUCAGUUCUGUCACUGGCUCACAGUGCAAUAAACUGUUCCUGUUAAAAACCCUAUUUCUUGUGUACACACUUGUGACAGCAUCAGUGACAUUUAUGCCAUCCCACAGAGACAGCAGGGAUGUCCCACCUCUGCUGUGGCUUUGAGCACUGUGAUAGGUACAACGCAGUCCCAAUAGCAAAAAAAAAUAAAUACAAGUCUGGGUAGCUUAAACUGAGGUUUCCUGUCUCUCUGUAAGGUCAUGCAACCCUUACAGGGCCAGGAACACCCCAAGUAAGGCGGCUGGGGCAUUUCCCAUGUGAUGCAACUGAGGGAGGGCAUAAAUUCAAGCAAAAUGAGGCAUCUCCUGCCCCGCUGAAUGGGGUGUUCGUCAGACCCUGCCAUGAGCUACUUCAGGUAACUAAAUAAAAACAAGUUCGCGUCCCUGUUGGUUAAGCUCUUUGAACUACCUUCUCCAUGGGCUGAGACAAACCCCAAGGAGUGCCCAAGGAAGACAAGACUGCAGAGCUGGUAACGAGGGAAGGCAGCAGGACCUGUUAGAGCUCUGCUGAUCAUACCAAACAGUUGUGGAACCCCACCGAGCCUUAGACACAGCAUCCAUCUUCUUGGGAACUGGGGAUCCAGCCUUCAAAACAAGCAGCUUCAGUGAUAAGCAGUAAGAUACAAUUUUAGUAUUUUUAGCCUUUAAGUUCUGCCAGACAGAUGGACUGAAGAAAGUGCUUGCAGGAUGGGUACCUGCUGAGCUAUACUCCUUCAUAGUUAGUGGAGAUGACUAGCUCCAGAGCCUGGCUUUUUAAUUUAAAAAAAAAAAAACAACAAAACAAACAACCAACCAAAUAAACCACAGCUCUUCUGUGACAGUGGUGCAGGAGCAUUCACACAGCUGGGCUGAAGACAGCUAUGAUCUAGGUAGUGAAGCAGCUAGCGUCUUCACUACACGCACAAGGAGUGCUAUAGCUCUUAUUUCCAGACCAAGAUUGAUCAUCAUGUUCCUUUUGGAAUCACAAAUUAAUUAUUACUUGUUUCAAGGACUAUGGAAGUCAGUCAAGGCUUGGGAAGGUUAUUUUAAACGAACGCCCAUGUGUUUCUAAAUAAUAGAUUAUGUGUGACCAUAAGAAGGCACACCCACUGUAUUUAUAAAACACAGCAUGAGACAUUAGCACUUCCUUGUCAUGAAAAUAUUUAAGAUCCCUUUGUGAAGACAGUGCUGCUCACAAUGCACCAGGUUAGAGUUGCAGCUUUUCCUCAGUAUGAAACUGAAACUCAUGUGUUGCUGUAAGAAGUGGGAACUUCAUAUUUCUUUGCUGUAUCUCACUUCUGCCAUGCAAAAUGAUUCACUUACUAGCAAGACAGUUCUGCUGGUGUUAUCAAUGCUGUAGCUCAUUACACCUUUAAGCCUGAGCCUCAGCAAGCUUUCUGCAGCAUGGAUAAACACCCAUGCUAGCUACUUUGCUGACCACACAAAAGAUACCAAAAGAUACGUUUACCAAAAUAAAGUCUCAAAAGCGAUCUGGUCAAAACUUACCAACCUUUGGAGAAAGGCUUACAUUACUGCACUGUGCUGCAGCAGGGUAUGCUUUCUGUAAUUGCAACACAGGAGAUAAUUAACAGGGAUGGAUAAAGCUUUCAGGCUAAUAAGCCACGUUACAUUUGGCUGAAAUUCAGUUGCUUCCUUCAAACAACUGGCCUACAGCCACAUUGUUUCAAAGACACAAGGAAAAUUAAGAACGUGAACUUAUCUAAGCCUUUAGUUGUGCUUGAUAGAAGUCAGACAGAUACACAAACUCUCUGCCUAGCUCAAACUCACAUUAUUUCAGGAUACAAGACGCCAUGAUGAGGUGACAAGGUUUCCGCACUCACAGAGGCCCAGAUGGUGCCAGAGCUGUUCUUUUUAUGUAGUCAUUAUUCUUGACUAGCACAUUUUUUUUUAAUAGACAUUCACAUAUUCAUCAUAUGUAGGGAAAGGAUGGGAAAAAGAGCUGAAAACGUGUAUUUUUUAGUCUUUGUAUAGGUAAAUAAAGUCCUAAAUCCAUCAGACGCACUAAAACAGUCUUGUUAACCGUAGCAUGAUCUUCAUACAGAAUCCUCACUACUCCUAGCAUUAAAGAAACCUGGAGACUAACCACAGAGAACAGCUGAGCUGGGUACUAAAUGCCUCAUGUUUUGCAUGCACAAACAUUCCUGCAACUAUGAAGAAUACAGGAAAUUAAGGGAAAGCCUAGUGUAAACAUGAGAAAAGUCUGUUAGAAAGCAUUUGAGUGAGAAAGAUCUUUAAUACUGAUAUAAAACUUCAUCUCUGCAAGCCAGCUGCUCUUUCAAAGAAUAAAAUUCUGAAGGAAAGCUAUUCAAAGUGUUCCAGUGGAAAGAUAGUUCUCCACUGCUGCAGGGAGAUGGCUAGCUCUAGCUGCUCCAUGGGAAUACAGCAUCAAACAGUCCAAUUAAAAAAAAAAAAAAAAAAGGUAGUUCUCAGAUUCGAGGUAGUGCUAACAAGGAUCUGCAUUGCUAGCACUGGUAGUGACAAUGCUGGAGAUCUGGAAGACCAGCACCCUAUAAUUCACUUGCCCAGUUUGACUGAGCCCUUUUAGUGUGCUCAUGCUGAGCACCUGCUGAGAUUUUUGAUAAAAAGCAGCAACAGAUUGAGAAAUAGGCUGCAUCAAACACAAAUUCGCACUGAAUUGGCUCACUCCAGCCUGCACAACCUUCAAUAUAAAUACAUUCGCUCUCCAUAUCAGCAAUUCAGAAAGCUUUAAAACAUGAAAAACAAUUUUAAUGAGCCACUUGACAUGCACAUUUCUU